AGCGCUCUUGCUCUCAGUCGAUGCCUGUAUUAUUGAUGUGUAUCAAUAUCGGGCUCUGCCGGCAGAGGGCGCUUUCACUCCCAGUCCCUCUACCUUUGUGUAGAUGUGCGGCAGUACCAGGCCUGGCCGGCAGAGGUCUCUCCCAGGUAGAUGUGUGUGAGGGGGCGGCUCAGGCUGGGUGGGGGAUCCCGGUGACGUAUGACAGGAGGAGGGACGGUGUGGUCGGAGCGGAGCUGGUGGAGUCGCCGCUGUCAGUGAGAGCUCUCCAGGCAGCACAGUUCAAGCACACAGCCCGGACAUGGCCGACGUCUUCCAGCACAACGACUCCACCUCGUCCCAGGACGUGGUCAACCGCUUCGCCCGGAAAGGCGCCCUGAGACAGAAGAACGUCCAUGAGGUGAAGAACCAUAAAUUCAUCGCCCGGUUCUUCAAACAACCUACCUUCUGCUCCCACUGCACCGACUUCAUCUGGGGUUUUGGCAAACAAGGCUUUCAGUGUCAAGUGUGCUGUUUUGUGGUCCACAAGCGAUGUCAUGAGUUUGUUACGUUUACCUGCCCUGGAGCAGACAAAGGACCGGAUACAGAUGACCCUCGGAGUAAGCACAAGUUUAAGAUCCACAAUUAUGGGAGUCCCACAUUCUGUGACCACUGUGGAUCACUACUGUAUGGGUUAAUACAUCAGGGAAUGAAGUGUGAGACAUGUGACAUGAAUGUACAUAAAGUGUGUGUCGUUAACGUCCCCAGUUUGUGUGGCAUGGACCAUACGGAAAAGAGAGGGAGGAUAUUCCUGAAAGCCGAGGUCAACGUAGAUAAACUAAGUGUUACAGUUCGUGACGCCAAGAACUUGAUCCCUAUGGACCCCAAUGGACUGUCAGAUCCUUAUGUGAAGCUCAAACUAAUUCCUGACCCUAAGAAUGAAAGCAAGCAGAAAACCAAAACCAUCCGCUCCACACUUAACCCUCAUUGGAACGAGUCAUUCACCUUCAAAUUAAAACCUUCAGACAAAGAUCGGCGGCUCUCCAUAGAGAUCUGGGACUGGGAUCGAACCACUAGAAAUGAUUUUAUGGGCUCCUUCUCAUUUGGAGUUUCAGAACUCAUGAAAAUGCCAGCAUGUGGGUGGUACAAACUGCUGAAUCAGGAGGAGGGAGAGUAUUACAAUGUGCCCAUCCCAGAGGCGGACGAUGGAAAUCUAGAACUACGGCAGAAAUUUGAGGGCAAAAGCCGAGCCCAAGAUAAGAAAGCCAAACUGGGCCCAGCUGGUGGUAAGGUGAUCAGCCCUGCAGACGACCGGAGAGCCUACGUACCAUCUAACAACAUAGACAGUGUCAAAUUAACAGAUUUCAUCUUCCUCAUGGUUUUAGGGAAAGGCAGCUUUGGAAAGGUGAUGUUAGCAGAAAGAAAAGUGACGGAUGAACUUUAUGCCAUCAAAAUUCUAAAGAAGGAUGUGGUCAUCCAAGAUGAUGAUGUAGAAUGCACUAUGGUGGAGAAGAGGGUGCUAGCUCUUUCGGAAAAGCCUCCAUUCCUGACUCAGCUGCACUCCUGCUUCCAAACUGUGGAUCGCCUGUAUUUUGUCAUGGAGUAUGUAAAUGGAGGAGAUCUAAUGUAUCACAUCCAGCAAGUGGGGAAAUUCAAAGAACCUCAAGCAGUGUUCUACGCAGCAGAGAUUUCUGUGGGUCUGUUCUUUUUGCACAAGAAAGGAAUAGUUUACAGAGACUUAAAGUUGGACAAUGUCAUGUUGGAUGCUGAAGGUCACAUAAAGAUUGCUGAUUUUGGAAUGUGUAAAGAGCAUAUGGUGGACGGAGUUACAACACGGACUUUCUGUGGGACUCCUGACUACAUUGCACCUGAGAUUAUCGCUUAUCAACCAUAUGGCAAAUCCGUGGACUGGUGGGCAUAUGGAGUGCUGCUUUAUGAGAUGCUGGCAGGGCAGCCUCCAUUUGAUGGGGAGGAUGAAGAUGAGCUCUUCCAGUCAAUUAUGGAACAUAAUGUCUCGUAUCCAAAAUCCAUGUCCAAGGAAGCAGUAUCAAUAUGCAAAGGGUUGAUGACAAAACACCCAGUGAAGCGGCUGGGAUGUGGGCCAGAGGGGGAAAGGGACGUGAGAGAACAUGCCUUCUUCAGAAGGAUUGACUGGGAGAAGCUAGAGAACAGAGAGAUCCAGCCACCGUUCAAGCCCAAAGGGUGUGGCAAGGGAGCCGAAAACUUUGACAAGUUCUUCACAAGAGGACAGCCUGUGCUGACACCCCCAGACCAGCUGGUCAUCGCCAACAUCGAUCAAGCUGACUUUGAAGGGUUUUCUUUUAUUAACUACCAAUUUGUACAUCCCAGUUUACAAAGUGUGGCAUGAACACAGUCAGAGAAUAGUACAUUUGGGAGCACGCAUAUUAACCCUACAAUUUUAAGGCUGCAAUGUUAAGAGAAAAAAAAUAACCUGAAAAUUAUAGGGUUAAAAAUAAUUUCUUGAAGGAUGAAAAUGGUUAGAGCCACCAUCAUUUCUGGGCACCGUCUUUUAAUAGUCUAACACUCUUUCUGUGCUACCAUAUAAGCGGACAAACAGACAAUACUAGGUUAGAAAGUCUGUCAUGAAGUAGAAGGAUAAGGGAAGACCCAAAAAAUUAUUUUCUCAGUGGUCUUCCUACGAUUCCUGGAGCUGCGGGUUGUAUUAUAAAGACGCAAAUAAUUACAAUAUGUAUUGCUGCUUUAUGAGUACACAGUUGAAGGUACGUGUUCUUAAACUCGGUCUAGAAUAAUUUUUUUACAUCAUUUCUAGAGAGGCCAAAUCAACCGUUGCCAUUCAGAACACACACAUCAAUGUAUACGACAUAUUUUCUUGUUUAAUACAAUAAGCCGUGUCAACAAGCCCCCACCAGGUAAUUUGACAUGUAGUAAUAAUGUCGUGUCAAGUGGAAGUAGAAGGGACGUACAUGAUGUCAGAAUGCCACACUAAUGCCUUUCCAGACAUCAGAGACAACUGCUGGAAGGUCUAGUUAAUCAAACCUUUAUAAUUUGCGGUUAAUCCUCUUGCAGAACAAUUAAAUCAGAGAGGUUUAACGUAAAGUGAUUUCUUGACUGCAGAAUUUGUUCGUUUUUUUUGUUUCGCAUAUGCAUCAUGCAAUGAUUUUUUUGCAUGUUUAUACUGUAUUUAAUCUCAAUUGAUUCUGUGAUAGGAAUUAGCUGAAUCUCCAUUAUGAGUAUUACUGAUAAAUUUUUAUAAAAAUGUAAAGAAUCAGGCUAUAUUUGUGAAGGUUUUUAUUUUAGUUUUUGCUCAUUUUGAGCAGUUAAUUUAGUUUUAGGGUAAGGCUCAUUGCUUUUUUAUUUUUCAUAUUGUUUGUGGAAUAGGAUUUAUGUAUUUUCUACACUUUAUCUUUCAAGAAUUUUGAGCCCUUUGGCUCUGAAUGAGUGCAGCCCUCUUGGCACCUCAGUCUCCAUUUUGUCUAUUUUUGUCCACAUUUAAAUACAGAUCUUGUCCCUGUACUCAGAAUGUACUAGAAGAAUAUAUUUGUAUAAAGAUCUCUUUUCACUUUAAAAAUGUCAAAAAUGGUUAACAGAAAAUGUUUUUAUUUUUGCCUUGUUCCAUGUCGAUUCCAAUCUGCUAUUCGUUUUCCUCAAGAUGCAUGUAAGGACGAGUGCAUGCGAUUAGCUAAUGCAUGCAGAACGGAUUGUGGUUUGGCUUUGCAUGUACACAGUCUCAUGGAAACUAUGACUACAAAUAUUCCAUAUGAUACAGAAUUCAACUAUUAAGUGUUUUAGUUACUUAUUUUACAAUAUUUUGUUUGACAAAAUUGUACAUGUUGAGAUUUGUGCCAAAAAUGAAAUUCUUAUCUGGCAUUGCUUGAAAAUGCUGUUUUAGCCCCACACACCAUAUUAUUGAUUUUUAAAAGUUUACAGCCAACUUUAUUAGUUUUUCAUACACCUACACUUUUCAUUUUUAGAUAUUUUAGUAAAUCUAUCCCACCGUCCAGCCUUGACUUGGUACAUUGUACAAAAUGGCUGUCAAUGAGGCCCAAUACUGCAGUAAAUAAAGUACAGGUUGAGUAUCCCUUAUCCAAAAUGCUUGGGACCAGAGGUAUUUUGGAUAUCGGAUUUUUCCGUAUUUUGGAAUAAUUGCAUACUAUAAUGAGAUAUCAUGUUUAUGGGACCUAAAUCUAAGCACAGAAUGCAUUUAUGUUUCAUAUAAACCUUAUACACACAGCCUGAAGGUCAUUUUCGCCAAUAUUUUUUAUAACUUUGUGCAUUAAACAAAGUGUGUCUACAUCCACACAAUUCAUUUAUGUUCCAUAUACACCUUAUAUACACAGCCUGAAGGUCAUUUAAUACAAUAUUUUUUAAUAACUUUGUGUAUUAAACAAAGUUUGUGAACAUUGAGCCAUCAAAAAACAAAGGUUUCACUAUCUCACUCAAAAAAGUCCGUAUUUCGGAAUAUUCCGUAUUUCGGAAUAUUUGGAUAUGGGAUACUCAACCUGUACUUAAAUUCCCAACCUACCCUGCCAUCUUUUCAUAUAAAGUUGCUCAACUGUUUAUAUGCCAUAGGUUUGCUAACCCCGACUUAGUUAAUAUAGUAUUUAAUUGUUAAUGUGAUGUAAUGUUUUUUCUUAUAUUUGGGUACCCCUCAAGACCUUUUGCGUGCUCCCCUCAUGUUUUUAAAAAUUAGCAGUGCUGAAAAUUGUACGAAUCAAACUAAAUUAUUUUUUUUUAGAUUACAUAGAAGUGGUAUGAACUGCCUUCUCAUCAUCUGUUGUUAGUAUAAUUAUGCUAAGAUUGCAGUAAUAUGUGACAUAUCUCCAGAAUGUCUUCUCUCUCUGUCACUUAUGAAAUCAUCACACAGCAAUGUUCCCUGAAGUUUCUUCUUUGUGUUACAACCUCUUAAAACGUCGGUCAGAAGAGCUCUGCAGAGUACAAGAAGAAUUUGUUAGGGGAGCACAAAUUCUGUGUCAGAUGACAGUGCAGUAUUCAAUUUGCGGGUAUUUCUGACGGGUUUUGGCCAUUUUCGACAAUGCUGAUCCGACUUUUUUUAAAGUCGAAUCAGCAUUGUCGAAAAUGGGCGAAAAACCUGUCAGAAAUGGCCACAAAUUCGACAAAAUACAUGGAUCAGCGGCUAAUCCGCCGAUCCACGUGUUUUCCGACAAGUCGGAAUUUCGGCAUCUCCAUUGAAUAGGUCGAAUCCUGAUUCAACCUAAAAAAGUCGGAAACUGACGUCUUUUCGACUUGACGGCAAUUCUGACAGUCAUUGAAUAGACCCCAUCUUUUCAUUUCAAUAUGACUCGACAAAGAAAAGGCAGGAGAUUCAAUUAGCCAAAAGAUUCAGUUUGAACUUUGCACGUUGGUAUAACAUGGUGUAUCCAUAAAGGAAACCUUGCUUAUUUUUGCUUGCACUCCAUUGAGGAGGUGAUCCAGACUAUUGGUUGACAUACAUUAGGUCAACAGUCAUUAGGUCAACCCCAUAUGGUUGACAGACACAAGAUCAAUAUGGACAAAAGGUCGACAAAUGAAAGGUUGACAUUGGAAAGGGUCGACUAGUUCAUAUUGUCGACAUGACAAUGGCAGACACACACAUGGUUGACACAUGGUUUGUUUUAUUUUAUUUUAUUUUUUUUGGGGGUGGGGUUCAUGUUUUUUUUCCUUAUUUCCUUCCGUGACUAUCCAUGUCACAAAUCAUAAGCUUUAGUCACCUUGCAAGUGAAGCAAGCCCGUGAUGGGUCGCAUUUCAACAACUGGUGGUCGCAGAUGCCAAAACUUUCCACACUAACCCCGAAAAUAAGGUAUGUCGACCAUUUGUUGUGCCACUCAUCGUCAUGUCAACCUUUUGGACCUGUUGACCUUUUCUAGCAUCAACCUUUCAUAUGUCAACCUUUUAUCCAUGUCGACCUUGUGUCUGUCAACCAUAUGGGGUCAACCUAAUGACUAGAACUAAUGCAUGUAGCUCUUCUGUACCACACCCAUUGAGGAGCAGGCAAAAAAUAAGCAAGGUGUUCCUCCUGCAAUAAGCCAAUAUGUAUCUGUCAAAGUCUUUCUUCAUCAUAUUAGGGAUAUCUCCACCUGAGAUUUUUUUCAGGGGUGGGGUUCAGCUAUUUUAACCGGUACAUACUUCCUUUUUACAUUAGCUCCCCUGAAUCCUAAUUUUAACUGUAGUGGUUAAUGGACCUCAUGGUUAUUAAGCAAAUACACAUGCAGAAGAACCUAACAGAGAUUGAAGUCUGUGACCGGGUACAACGUUCUGUUUGCGCCAGCUCUAACAGUCUGAUGUCCCUGGCGAGUUACAUCUCUGACAGAUUACUAAUCAAGAACAUGAAAAAAAAAUAUAUGGCUGCCUCGCACACAGACCUACUCUUUAAAAUAUGCAGAGAUAUCUUUAAUUCAAAUUAUAGACCCACCAUGUGUUUUCUUUUAAUUAAAGAUAUAAAAAUCAUGAAGUAAUAUCAAAAGGUCUUAAAGAGCAAGUAAAGCAAAUAUUUGGCAUUUAUAUAUAUAUAUAUAUAUAUAUAUAUAUAUAUAUAUAUAUUUGGUGUCACCACCCUUUACCUUCAAAACAGCAUCAAUUCUUUUAGGUACACUUGCACAGUUUUCGAAGGAACUCGACAGGGAGGUUGUUUCAAACAUCUUGGAGAACUAACCAUAGAUCUUGUGUGGAUGUAGGCUUUCUCAAAUCCUUUUGUCUCUUCAUGUAGUCGCAGAGAGACUCGAUUAUGUUGAGGUCAAAGCUCUGUGGGGGCCAUAUCAUCACUUCCAGGAGUCCUUGUUGACAUUGGCUGUAUGUUUGGGGUCGUGGCCUGCUGCAGAAUAAAUUUGAGCAAAUCAGAUUUCUCCCUGAUGGUAUUACAUGACGGAUAAGUACCUGCUUGUAUUUGUCAGCAUUGAGGACACCAUUAACCCUGAUCCAAUCCCCAACUCCAUUGCUGAAAUGUAGUCCCAAACUUGCAAGGAACCUCCACUGGGGUUUUCCUUCUGUUAUCAAUGUUGCUAUUCCAAGGCUUUUGGGUACACAAUUUUUUUGUCUUCCCACCUGUAUUUCAGCCAGUUAUUUCAAGUAAUUGAAUUAUGGUUAUUUCUGUCAGUUAUCACAGUUCAUUCAAGUUUUCAUCCAAAUCCAUCCAGUGUAAGGCCCAGAACAGACACCCUGUGUCUAAGUUCUGUCUUGCGUAUAGCAACGGGGGGUCCGACCAGAACAUCAACCCUUUCGUAUGUCUUCUUGGACCCAAUCUUAUCACUCUGUAAAGUUUUCAUCCAAACCCAUCCAAUCGAAAGCCCAGAACAGGCUCUCCUGGUCAAAUUUUUGCCUGUUAAAAACUAUCAGGACGUCCAACCAGGACCUCAACCCCCUAGUAUUUCUUCUGGGAUCCAAUGUUACCACCUUGUGAGGUUUUAGUCCCAGUCCAUCCAGUGGAAGUCCCAGAACAGGCUCCCCGGGUUAAAGUUCUGUCCAGCGUAGACCAACCAGGAGGUCCAGCCAGACCCUAACCCCGCUAAAAUCUGACCAGGAUCCAACUGGAUCACCUUGCAUUGUUUUCAUCCCAAUCAGUGCAGGGUUGUCCAAAGGCAUAACCAGACAGACAAACAAACAUACAGACCAAUGCAAUUUAUAUAUAAGAUCACAGGCUGUUUGUUACUGUGCUACAUUUAUAUAUGAAUAUGCAUAUUUACAUUUUAGUAAAUCUGUCCCCAAAGCUCUUUCACUCCUCUGCAGUAAGUUGCCAUAUCAGGAUGUAGGAGUUUCUCUACUAGAGCAGACACUCUGUUACUUGACAGCCUGGUAGCUGUUUACUUAGCAGAAAUUUACAGUGCGGAUUGCUUAAUUCAUAUUAUGGGCAUUGCCAAUGGUGUCGAUGCCACUGUCAGUCUGUACUUUUUAACCUAAAUGCGAUCCAAUCAGAACACUGGACUAGAGGUACUGUAUGAGUGGAGCUUCAGCUAUCUGCAGUGCAGAGGGAAGUAAUACUUACAACUGAAGUGGAUGGUCCUGGAAGCAUUGACACUAUAUUCUACCUUCCUGGUUCAAAUCUGAACUUUUUCAUAUUUGGGGUUUAGUGGUGUUUUAUUAUCUGCUAAAUAUGUAAAUAUUCCUUUAAAGUAAAUCAUUCUAGCUACUGUAUGUGCCACUGAAGAGAUGCAUUAAAAUGUACUUCAGAUGCCAGAUAUAAUAUCCACUAAAUAAUGGUCAUCUGGUAAAAGAAAAAAGAAAAAAACAGCUUCGUGUGGAGAAAUUUAUAAUUGGGACUAAUGAUACGUGUAAUCCUUACAAAAUGAAACUAUAAUAAAAUCUACACACAGACAUGCACAGUGCUAAGUGUACUUACUAUAUGACUCAGACACAUUAUCUAUAGGAAUGCAUUCAAUAUCUUUUUAACUUUAUUAAACUUUGUACUACAUAAGGGGCCCUCCUUACAUGCCCAGCACUGAAAGUCUUAGAAGAAACCUUUGUACCAUGAAAUAUAUGAAGCAAACUUAUGUCAUUGCAUUAAAUUAUAAAACAGAAUAAUAUGAUAUAUGUGACUGAUGUAUUAACGCUGUUCAGACAGUUGUCUGUGGGGAUUUAAAGUGUUUUUUUUUUUAUGUGUUCUCUUUCUGUUAAUUGUUAAAUGGUUCUAUGCACAUGACGACUGUAUGAAGGGCUGGUCUAGCAGAUUGCACACUCUUGUAAACCUGCUCUGUUUUGGGUGUUAAAUUAAAGAGGAGAAAAAAUAUUAAGUUUGUGUAGUAAAUCUUUACAUAUGUUUACUGUGAAUGUAAAGCAGAAUUAAUGACUGCAUUUAUUUUCAAAAUUCUGCUAUUCCCACUUAUCUGCCAUGUAUCAGUUAUUCAAACCCACUAAUAAUGUAUGCUGUUUUUGUUUUUGAUAAUUGAUAUGUUUAUCACAAAUUCUAGAAGGAAAAACAAAAGGUAUAUACUUGGUUCUCUUUGAUCCCAUACAUGGAAUUUACAUACAGUUUAACCAACUGCUGAUUUAAGGUGCACCAGACCUACCCAUGGUAGAUGCAGCCAUUAUGUGUGUUAAACCUAUAUUGAGCAGAUCCAUUCACUAGAGGCAUGAAGCAAUGUGCCUUAUGCCACAUUAAUGGCACUAGAUCCCUGGAAAUGAAUUCACUUCAUUGACUUUAUUUUUUGAUUCUACCCACAAAACAGAUGCCGCCAUUGCGUAGACAAUGAAUCUGUUUAGAGGGAAACAUGAUUUCUGUAGCACAAUACAUGGUACUGUAUAUUCAGUUUACAACUCUGUAGAUCAGCUUUGGCAUGAGAAUACAAUGGUAUGCUAGCUGGUGGGGAUUUUGUAAUUGUUUUACCACAAUGUUAAAUGCACCUAUUACAUUCGCUUCCAUUACAUCUAUGUAACCCCAAGCAAUUUCUAUUUAAUAAAUUCUUUUGUUGGUA